GGGCCUCUCCCGCCCACCUCUCUCUAUGCACGGUCCGGGGCCCGCUGUCGCUAUAAAAGACGUGGCGAAGGGCUGGUGUAGGACGAAUUCCAGUCGCUGUUGAGCUAAGCUGAGAGAGGCGGAGUGCCUCCGGUUUUCGCUCCCCACGCUCUGCCCACAAGCUGCCCCGUCCAAGAUGGUUCUGGCCAAGGUGUGGAAACUGAAGAGUCACUUUGUGGGGUUCCCAAAGUCCAGCGACUUCCUGCUGGAGGAGGAGGAACUCCCCGCCAUCAAGGAUGGAGAAUUGCUGCUGGAGGCGGAGUUUCUAAGCGUGGAUCCGUACAUGAGACCCUACAGCGUGAUGAAUAUGAAGGAGGGGGACGUGAUGAUCGGCUCGCAAGUCGCCAAGGUGGUAGAGAGCAAGGUGGCGGAGUUCCACGUCGGCUCAUUCGUGGUGAGCCACGCGGGCUGGCGGAGCCACUCCAUCUCCACGGGGGACAGCCUGCAGGCCCUCCCGUCCACGUGGCCCACCGAGCUGCCUCGCUCCCUCGCCCUCGGGGUGCUCGGCAUGCCCGGGCUGACUGCCUACUUCGGCCUGCUCGAGAUCUGCGGUCCGGCACGUGGCGAGACGCUACUUGUGAACGCGGCGGCAGGGGCCGUGGGGAUGCUGGUGGGGCAGAUUGGCAAGAUCAAGGGCUGCCGAGUGGUCGGCUUUGCGGGCUCCGACCCCAAGGUGGAGCUCCUCAAGGAGCUGGGCUUUGACUCGGCGCUCAACUACCGCUCCGUCUCGUCGCUCGACGCGGCCCUCGCUCAGGCCGCCCCCGGCGGGUACGACUGCUUCUUCGACAACGUUGGAGGGGAUUUCCUCUGCGCGGCGCUGCCCCACAUGAAGCACAGAGGCCGCGUCUCCGUCUGCGGAGGGAUCUCCAUGUACAACGACGUCACGUCGCAGAAGCUGACCUUCCCGCAGCUGACGCUCAUCUUCAAGGAGCUGAAGGUGGAGGGCUUCAUGGUGACGAGGUGGCAGCACCGGCGUGACGAGGGCAUCGCGGCGCUCGCCGCCUGGGUGAAGGAGGGCAAGCUGCAGUACCGCGAGACCGUCACCGAGGGUUUCUCCGCCAUGCCCGACGCCUUCAUGGGCCUCCUGCGCGGAGACAACGUGGGCAAGGCCGUGGUGAGGGCCUGACGGAGGGGGCGGCACGGAACGACGACGACGCCGCCGGCCCGGCCAAUACUGACGCCGCAACAACCACAACAACAACAACAACAACCACGGCGGCCGCCAUUCGCCGCAGGGCGGAGGUGAUGUGUCCACGGCGCUCGCGCCAGGCUAGGUGCACGAGGAGGAGGAUGAUGUCACGGGACAGACCCAGCCAGAACCCCGCCCCCCUCUCUCUCACCCAUCGGUGAGUGGCACAGCAGCAAAGUGGACUAAUCUCCAUCUGUUCCAUCUCGCUCCCUUUCUACACAGUGAGUGGGCUAAUCUCCAUCUGUUCCAUCUCACUCCCUUUCUACACAGUGAGUGGACUAAU